AUGGUCAAGUCUAUUAUUUCGCCAUCAAUUCUUGCAUCAGAUUUUGCCAACUUAGGUUGCAAUUGUAAGAAGGUCGUUGACACAGGAGAUGUCGACUGGUUACACUUGGAUGUCAUGGAUGGACACUUUGUCCCCAACAUUUCAUUUGGUGCUCCAGUAAUUGAAAGUUUGAGAAAACAAUUCCCAAGAGAUAAUGGCAAACCAAUUGUAUUCGAUUGUCACAUGAUGGUUUCAGAUCCUGAACAAUGGAUUGAAGAUAUUGCUAAAGCUGGAGGUGACUCUUACACUUUUCACUACGAGGCAACUAAAGACCCAGCGGCUGUUAUCACCAAGAUCAAGAAACAUGGCUUAAAAGCUGCCAUGGGUAUCAAACCAAACACACCAGUUGAGGCUGUUUAUCCAUAUGCAAAUGACUUGGAUAUGGUAUUAGUCAUGACAGUCGAACCUGGAUUUGGAGGACAAAAAUUUAUGCAGGAUAUGAUGCCAAAAGUGGAAACAUUGAGAGAAAAAUAUCCCCAUUUGGACAUUGAAGUUGAUGGUGGGUUGGGUAGAGAGACUGUGAGGCCAGCUGCAUACGCCGGUGCAAAUGUUAUUGUUGCUGGGACCUCCGUUUUCAAAGCUGAAGAUCCAAAGGAGGUGACUCUGUUUUUGAAACAAACCGUUGAUGAAAGUAUAUUAUCUAGAGAAAAGUAG